AUGGCGCUGUUAGCGUUAUCGGCGCUCACCUCGGAUGGUUGGAAACUCCUCCUCGGACUCUUCGCCCUCUUCUCCGCAGCCAUACUCUCACGAUCGCUCGGCGCACUGCGACCGCGAAAAGGAGCCCUCUUCAACAAAACACCAUCCACACCCCAAAAUGAAAAGUCCAAGCAAGCCUCCGAGACGUGGCAGAUGCCGGUUCCCAGUCCUUACCCGGACUGGUCAAUAGAAACGACGAAGCCACUGCCCUAUCGUGCAUUUCGCUAUGGCCCCAAGUACAAUGUCACAAUGGGACUUCGUUCAGUCCAGCCCGAGGACUGGAUUGAGCUUGACAAUCACUACCCUCGAUAUCAUGCCGACAAGACUGCUCGAAUCGCCGAACGAGGUGAGAAGUGCUUCGGAACAGACCCGGAGGCCUACCCUGCAGCCAUGGAGCUCCUUGAAGAACUGUGCCAAUACCUCCCCGCUCGCUACCCUACAAUGUUCAAGCGGACCCCUGUCGGCAUCGACAAUCUCUGGUCAGGAGAAUCAUUCAACAUAGUCGAAACACCUCUCAAAGAAGAUCCUGCUGCCAUCGCCGCCAAUCUUGUGCAAGACGACCUCGCCAUCAUGAUUGAACGGCCGGACGGCAAAUACUACUUGCUCAGCGGUUCCAUCCUGCUAGCCGGCUUUUGGAGAUUGAGCGACAAGUUCGGCAUGUCUCUCGAGGAAAUCCACACGUCCGGCGAGGUCCCCCACUACAAGGAGAAGCUUCACAACGGCAUGGCCAGCUUCUUCAAGCGUUUGCGCUGCGACCAGAUCUACUCCCGCAACAAUUACUUCAUCCAAGUCGAUGAUUCUUUGCCCUGGAGCUGGAGUAUUGGUGAAGAAGACAGUCCCGUUGUCAGCUGGAGUACGGCUGAGAAAGAUAGAGCGGUUGAGCAUCACUAUUUCCGUUCCGAGAGGCAAUCGCUGCGCCGUCUUCCCAAGACCAAGGCCAUUGUGUUCACAAUUAGGACGUACUUCCAUCCGGUUACCGAACUGGCUGCGGAAGACUACGUGCCUGGAAGACUUGCUAGUGCUGUUCGAAGCUGGGAUGAGACUGUAGCAAACUACAAGGGGCGGGAGAUGUAUGAGAAGGUAUUACUAGAGUACCUUGACAAUGAGCACCAGAAGCAGCUACAUCGAGGUUUGGACUUGAGCAAAGAAGACGAAGCCCGGAAGUAUCCCUGGUGA